AGCUGGGGCUGAACCCAAACAUGCCACUACUCGGGCCUCUCCAUACUCUGAUGUUCGGCGUGCUCCUGGUCGGCCUGGCAGAGAUACACGAGGUCGGAAGCGCCAACGUGGCGCAUCUCAAGAAGACGGUGGAGGACUUCAACAGCUGCGAGAAGGUCGAGGAGCUCAUCAGGGCAUGCAGGAUCACCAAGACGGCGAAGGAGGACCAGGCCAAAGUCAUUUUGGGCGAGAAGCGCUACCCCGUGACCGUCACGCGCCAGCUCGAAGCACGGCAUCUACGGGGCGUGCCUGGAUACAUGGAGGAGCUACAGGAAUGGACUGAAUGGUUGGUGAAUCAAUAAUGCUGACGAGUGAGGCACGUGACAUGUGCAGUGAGUGAGUUUUUUGGGCUGACCCGCCUCUUGCACACAUCUCUCAUCUUGUGUACGUAAUCUUCUUGCCUGUCCUCACGCAGCGGUUGUGGCUGACUUAUGUUCAGAUCUUUGGUCGGCGGCGGUGCGCCCCGCCGAUCGCGCGCUGUGCGGGGCAGAUUGAGCUGCUCCAGC